AUGCAGCAGAAGAUGUCCAGGCAGAACCUCUUUCAUGGAUGCUAUGUGGCGCAGUCAAUCACAAGGAUCCCUGAUGAAACAGAAUUUGAAGAAACCUCAACAGUUCUUCCGAAGUCUGAUCCUGCCGGCCUUUAUGUUGCACCCAUGGAUGACUAUGAGCACAGCUUGGAGCUACAGGGUGGCUUCGAUGAUAUCGAUGAUGACUGUGAACCUACACAGGAUGACAAGAUGGCAGAUGCGCAGCCAAAUGAUCAGAACGAUCAAUUGACACAGACUUAUCGUGAUGAUGAACAGACUGUAUUCCUGGACAAUGGUGAUUGUACACGUGAUGAUGAACAGACUGUUUUCCUGGACAAUGAGGAUUGUCAUGAUGACCAGACUGUUUUCCCGGACAAUGAUGAUAACGAGACAGUGAUUCCUGAGAUGACUGUUUUUGAAGGAUCACCGUCAGUGAUGCAGGAGGAGCAGAGCGGUGUUCAGAAUGAACAUGUGUCUAAUGAUCGUUUUGGUGAUGGCAGAAAGUCAUCGGCGCGUGGUGCAAAGCGCGCGCGUCAUGCAAAACGCACACAGCGGCCUGGCAUUGAUAUGCCAAUUGGCUCAUGUACCAAGAAGGGCAGUGCAGUGGGCGGUGAUGGUAUGCCUGAUCAAGAGUUAGCUGCGCAGUCCUCAGCCCUGUUUUUUGUGCCCCCGAUCACCUUUGCCCUGUCCAUGUCAGUUGAUGAAGUUUCAGAAAUACACUACACAGUGAAGCUCUACCUCCUCCUCGUGAGCAUCCAGCCCCAGAGAUACGUUGCUACUCAUAUGAAGUCACCAAAGAUGGCGCCAAUGUCAAGUGAGGUCGCAGGGCCUGCCACUGCAGCAGCAGCUGGAGUUCCACUAAUUGCUCCAGAAAAAGCUGCAGCUCCUGCAAGGUUCCAAGGAGGCUUUGAUCAGUUCGUCCCGCUUUCACCGGAAAUGGAGGAACAGUUGAAACAGAUGGGAUGGUUGAACAAGCGGUUGAAGCCCCCUGCCACUCCACAGGCCGAGGGUGCAGGCGCUUUGCCUGCAAUUGGUGACAAAGGCUUGACCGCCCAGACCGCCCGCACUGGACAACCAGCUGCUCAGACCACCCAGACCAAUGGAGACCAACACGUCAACCCCCCUGCCAUGGCCAGUGGAGCAAACAACGGUUUGCCUGAACAACCGGCUGAGACCAGUAAGCAUGGUUUGAAUGAACCAAUGCCAAAGACCAAUGGACCAGACCAUGUUUCUACUAUUGCAAAGGUCAUUCCCGAUGGCAAGAACAAACCUCUCCAGAUCAAUGCAGUCCCUUUGCAAGUUGCGGCCCCUGCUGCGGGUCACACUGAUCAGCCAAAGGCCGACGUGGAACCUAAAUUGGACCAGAGACAAACAUACUCAAGACGGGCUGCUGCCAAUUUGAUCAGUAGGCUGCGAGAGAAUCCUAAGAGGGUGGAAGGAUUUCCAGAGUUGCGCAAGAUGGUUUUCAGUGAUGCCAAGAAGUCAGACCUGAUCACAAUGCUGUGUGAGAGCAAUGGUGCCCUGGAAACGCUCGGGACAUCGCUGCAAGCCUUUGAGGAAUAUAGCCAUGGAGAGUCACAUCGCAAGAAAGCUCUCCGCUGGACCAAAAAGGAGAUGGAAGACCACUACGGCGCAGAUGCUCAACGGGUCAUGGACCACAAGAUCCAGCAAGGUCUUGUGGAAGAUGACGAAAAUCUUCCAGGGGCUCAACUCUUCUUGGUUUCCAGAAAGGAAGAUGAAGAGGAGUCACACAACAGGUCAGCCCCAGCUCGUGUACCAGUGAAGGGCAAGCGCCGGCAGUCAGAGACCAAUGGCUCCGGCUCCGGCUCCGGCUCAGCUCCGCAGACUCCGUCUGAAAGAUCUGUGUUGUCGUCUCCUGUCACACCUGUUCCGCAAGAGCCAGAGCAACAGCCCAAAAGACGUCGAGUCCCAAAGGCAGAGGAACCUGUCACUCCGUUGGCGAAAGGACGGGAGAUGGCUACUAAGUUGCUCAAGAAGAAGUCAGAUGCGGCAAACUUGGCACUGACCUUGCAAUCCGUGUCUUAUGCAGAGCAGCUGUGCUCCGAGAUGAACAGCUUUGCCAAACGCUUUGAGUGGUCCAGAUGCAUUUUACGUAAGUUUGCAACAGUUGCGGAAGGCUACACAGCGAGACUUUUUCAGAUGGGUGAGACUGCCCACCACAAUUUCUUCCUUACAGAUGCCUUUGCUAUUGGAUGCUAG